AUUAUGUAACAUCUCAUGGCAGUGAAAGCACUGAAGUCUGGAACUCCUCACAUGACCAGCUUAUGAACGAACAGCUGGAUUUGAUCACCAGAAGGCCCAUUGGUUGGAGCAAACAAGCAUUUUUCACUCUGUUUUUCAAAGACUUGCUUCUACAGGAAUCAAUUUCAAUUGUCCUGCCCCCCACCGACUCCAGCUCUCUGCGCCUUAAUUUCAAAUCGUAACAUCAUUCGACCCGGCUUCCCCGAGCUUUGUUAGGUGAUCGUUUCAUUCCUCUUGGUUCCCACCCAACCCCAUUGCCCCAGUGACUUGGGGGCAUCAUGACAGCCCAAUUGAGACCUUUCUUGGUUCUCUGCCUCAUGAAUUUGCUUCUUCAGCCACAAGAUGCCCAAGACCCAGAAAUGGUCCGAUACAUCUAUCGGCGAUUUCAGAUCUUAGAGCAAGGGCUGGAAAAAUGUCGCCAGGAUACAAGGGCAUACAUUCAAGAAUACCAGGAAUUCUCUAAGAAGGUCUCUGCGGACCUGGAGAGAUGUCACCUUUAUAAGACUGAAUAUAAGAGUGAAGUGGAUCAUUUGGGGGGAAGAGUUGAAAGAGCCCAACGUGAGAUUGACUACCUAGAAUACAUUAGAACAUCUGAGACAUGUAUAGAAGAGGAUAAGAUGGUGAUGGAAAAGCAGAUUAAAGACUCUGAAGAAAAGCAAAAAGUCAGGACUCUCCUUAACACAAGCUGCGACAACAUGUUGAUGGGCAUAAAGUCCAUGAAGAUUGUGAAGACGACCAGGGAUACACAUGGCUGUUGGAUGAAAGAUGUCAACAAGGAUUCCAACAAGAUUUAUUUCUUAAGUGGUUCCAGGAACAGCACCCUAUGGGAAUUUGCCAACAUGAAGGCAUUUAUGGAAGGCAAGCCCACACCCCGGAAGCUCGUCCUGAUGCUAUCCUGGCAAGGGACCGGGCAAGUGAUUUAUCAGGGGUUCUUAUUCUUCCACAGCCAUGGCACCCCUAAUGAGAUCAUCAAAUACAACAUCCAAAAGAAAAGUGUGGAAGAUCGGAUGCUACUCCCGGGGAGCCAUGGCAGACCAGUCUAUCAGCAUGCCCCCUGGACUCACAUUGAUCUGGCUGUGGAUGAGCAUGGGCUCUGGGCCAUUCACACAGAAUUAGACCAUCUGAUAAUCACAAAAAUAGACCCCGAAACAAUGGCCGUGGAGGACACCUGGACAUCAUUCUGUAGUAGCAGAGAUGCUGAGGGAGCCUUUCUCCUGUGUGGAGUCCUCUAUGUGGUGUACAGUAGGGGCCGUCAAAGCUCCCACAUCAUCAAUUGUGUUUUUGAUAUCCUGGGGGCCAUCAACAAGCAGGACAUUCCUACCUUGGUCUUCCCCAAGCGGCAGAGGGUCCACUCUAUGAUCCACUACAAUCCCCAGGAGAAACAGCUCUAUGCUUGGAAUGAUGGAAGUCAAAUCAUCUACAAACUCCAGACUCAAAGAAAGCAGGCAGGACCUUAGGAAAGGUAGCAAGUAGUUCAACUCAGGUGGGUUUCUGAGGGACAGUCAUGUCUACAGAAGAUUUUUAAACAAUGAUCCAGGUCACAGGGAGCUAUUGCUCUGAAUGAGAAAGUAACAAACAGAUAUCUCUUCACUCUAAUAUUAUUUAGACAUAUAGUCUAGAAGCAAAACUGCAUAUAUAAACCAUCUUUUUUUUUUAAAUUAGGCCUAUGAUUCCACUGAAACUCCCAAUGAGGAAACCUUCUCUACCAAUGUAGAUGCAACAAUUCUACCACUUAUAUAGGCUUAGAGAACCAACUUAGAGACAAAGAGGGUCUCACAACCAGUGUGUAUCAUAAGACUUAACCUCAGGGAUUCUUAACUCUGAGGCUGGUUUUCUAUCCUCUUCAACACUCUGCCUUGCCUUUGUCCUCCAGUAAUAUAUUACAGAUAGAAAAGUAGCUUCAAAGUCAGGAAGACAUGGAUUCAAGUCCACUUCUGAUACAUUUCAGCUGUGUGACCUUGGCCAAGACAGACCCUCUCAAUACCCUCCAGACAUAACUCUAAAUCUAGAUAUAAGUUGUAGAGCAGUUGCCAGGAUGCAUCAAUAGAGGAAAUUUACUAGCUAGGAGUUUGCUAAACCAAUGAAAUCACAGAUCCCAUUCUCCAUCCAUUAAUCUCUAAUAAUCAUGACCAUUUCUUAUGCAGAAAUUUUCUAUGACUACCCAUUGCCUCCUAAAUUAUUAUUAUUGAUAAUUAAUAGCUGACAUUUAGGAUUUUCAAAGUGUUUUACCAGCAAUGUCCAUGUAAGUAAUUAAUGAAAUUAUUAUCUCUAUUUUAGCCAUGAGGAAAUUAAGCAAUAAAGUCAUGCAAUUUGCCCUAAGAUCACCCAGCUGAUAAAUGGGCCAGAUUAGAAUCCAUAUCCAUAGACAUCCAUAUAUGUCAUAACUACCUCCUAGUUAAGUUCAAGCUCCUUAAGACAACAUUGAAGGCUAUUCAAUAAUUCAAUUCAUAAUUUGACAUCAAAUUAUUACUCCAAAAGGGUCCUCUCAAAUAGGAUUACAUUUCCUAGAUAGAUCUCAUAUUUAUAGAAUCACAGAUCUAGAUAUAAGAAGAAUCUUGAAAAUGCCUUCAUUUUACUUAUAAGAAGACUGAUAUGCUCAACUCAGAUAGCUAGUUAAUGGCAAUACUAGUAUCAGAACUUCUGAUGCUCAAAUACAUCAUUCUCUCUACUAUAUGCCUCCUUCAUAUAUCUGUAUGUUACCUCCUGCCAUUCUUUCUGCCUAGGAUAUCAUUUUUCUUGUAUUCUAUCAUUCAGAGUCCAGUUUAAAUACAGCCUUCUCCAUGAAUACAUAUCAAAGAUGGUAUGGAUUUUUUAUUCAUCCCCUAAUCAAUGAAACACAUUGUUUCUAGUUUCUAGUACAUAUAUGUGUCCAUGUAUAAUUACACACACACAAACAUAUACCUUUGUUUUUAUCUUUAAUAUCCUUGGAGGGAUAUAUGCAGCAAUUGAAUCAUCAGGUCAAAGGACAUGGACAGUUUAGUCACCUUCCUUGCAUAAUUACACAUUGAAGUACUAUUUUCACAGAGCUACCAAUAAUACAUCAGUAUAAUUAUCUUUUCAGAAUCUUUCUAACUGGAGGUAUCCCCAUCUUUGUCCUAUGUCAGUUUACCUAGUAUGAUGGUAAAUCCUCAGAACUGUGUUCAUUUACAUUUCUUUAUAAAUAUUUUGGAGCAUGUUUUGAUAUCAUUUAUAUUUUGCAAUUCCUCUAUAAAACAGCUUGACUACAUAGCUUUUAAGGAAAUACUAUAAUAUUCUACUUGUACCUCUUUUAUAGCCCUUAUUACAUUCUACCUUGCACUUUAGUUAUUUGUAUUCAUGAGCUCCCUAAGGGCAGAAACCAUGUUUUCAACUCAAUUCAAUAAAUUUCUAUGAAGCAC